CGACGUCGCACCCAGCUCGAGCGACGCACAGAUGCAGCCCGCCACUCUCUCAUCCCGGCUCCCACCACCACCACCCACGACGCAGCAGCAGCCGCAGCCGCGACUGUCGCUGUCGCCCUCGGUCUCCCCCACCACUGGCUUCCUCCUCCCCUCGCUGUACCACUUCCCGCCCUUCUUUACCCGCCAGCCCAACCCGCAGACCUGGCACCACCAGCUCACAACCUGGCGCACCCUCACUCUCGCCCACGCCCGCUUCACCCGCACUUUCCGCCUCGACCUCUCGCACGACCAGUGCCACCUCGAGCCCUUCUCCAACCCGCAACUCGCCCGCCACCUCGCCCUCCCGACCCUCAAGCUCGUCCUCGAAGACCUCGUCGCACAGGGCCACGCCGCCUGGAUCGAGCCACCCGCUGCCCCAAAGUCGGCCGUGUGGGUCUACUGGAAACGGCCCGACGAAUGGGCCACGGCCAUCUACGACUGGGUCAAGGAGACGGGCCAGACCAACAGCGUCAUGACGUUCUACGAGCUCGUCGAAGGCGGCGACCUCGCCCACACGACCGAGUUCUACCGCCUCCCCGUCCCGCUCCUGCGCAAGGCGCUCGACCUCCUCGUCAAGCGCGGACAGGCCCAGGUCCUCAAGGGCCUCGGCGAGGACGGCGACGGCGUCAAGUUUGUCUAGUUUGUCGCGAGCGUGAGUCGAGCGAGAGGCGCGAGGGGCGAGGGCCAGGCGCGAGGUGUCCGAGAGGGUCGUGUUGUUGUAUCGCCAGCUCUGUCUUUCUCUUUC